AUGAAAGUCCGACGAGACCUUCAGCAGGCCACCUUCUCACCCAGUGCGACGACGCGUUACGGACCCGGUAGUCUGGGUCCUCCCCCUCCUUUACACCCUCCUGUCGUUCCGGUGGGAGGCCCAUUGGAUUUGGGGGGGAUCACCACGGUGGGUUGGAAGACGGCACCGACAUGGAUGUCGGAUGCGUCCGUCGGCUUGGCAUGGCGCUUCUCUGACCAGCUCGUCGUGAGUGGGACGAUUUUCCUGGCCGUCGUCGUAUCAGCCCCGCGAAGCAACAGCCCCCGCCAAGCCAUAGAGGCUGCAUGCAUUGGCCUGACUGGCGAAGUGUCAGGCGUCAUGACGAGAUCAUCGUCCAUGGCGCUGGUCGGGCGGCCAAGUCCUAAAAAAGAGGGGGAAACGACAGCGCGAUCCAACGCCGUCACCGCGCCGUCGUUGGCUGCUCACGGAUCAAGCACACGGUUGAUCGUCACGGUUAGCCCCGAGCCAUCCACAGAGCUUAUCUACGCGCCGUGA